GUCUCAGCCAUGUCCUUGAGUCACAGUCUGCGGGGCAAGUCGCGUCUCGGAACGCGUCUACUCGCGACACAUGCGUCUCUCACUGAGAAGAACUGCGCCUCGAUCACCCCGCCGUACCCCACCCUGAUUCAAAACCUUGCGCAGGUCCGCAAGCACGUGAAGCACAAGCUCACCCUCGCGGAAAAGAUUCUCUAUAGUCACCUCUGUGACCCCAGCAAACCCAUCGCAGAAGGAGGCAGACUGCGGGGUCAUGCGUACCUCCAGUUGAAUCCUGAACGCGUCGCAAUGCAGGAUGCCUCGGCGCAGAUGGCCCUGCUGCAGUUCAUGAGCGCCGGUCUCUCUAAAUCGGUCGUCCCCGUUAGUAUCCACUGCGACCACCUCAUUCAGGCGGUGGACGGAGCAGAAUCGGACCUGGAGCGCUCCAUCGUCACCAACAAGGAAGUGUUCGAUUUCCUCGAGAGUGCUGCGCGCAAAUACGGAAUCGAGUUUUGGGGUCCGGGAUCCGGGAUCAUCCACCAGAUCGUGCUGGAAAACUACGCAGCGCCAGGGAUGCUCAUGUUCGUGCCCGUUCCCACUCUGAAGAUCCACUCGCACACGCCCAAUGCCGGGGGUCUCGGAAUGCUCGCCAUCGGCGUCGGUGGCGCAGAUGCUGUCGAUGCCAUGACGGGAACGCCAUGGGAGUUGAAAGCCCCGGAGAUUGUCGGAAUACACCUCAAGGGCCAGCUGAGCCCUUGGGUGUCUCCGAAGGACUUGAUUCUGCACUUGGCUGGGAAGUUGACUGUUCGUGGUGGGACAGGGAAGAUUCUCGAGUACUUCGGACCCGGGGUUUUCGAUCAGUCCUGCACGGGCCUAGCUACCAUCGCAAACAUGGGUGCGGAGGUCGGUGCGACGACAUCUACGUUCCCGUAUACUCCCAACAUGCGGGCCUAUUUGACUGCCACCGGAAGAGCACCCGUCGCUCGAGCAGCCGACCAGGCUUUGGCACAGGGAUUCCUCAGUGCCGAUGAAGGCGCCGAGUAUGACCAACUUAUCGAAAUCGUGAGCAGUUCCUCUUUGGCUGUUUUGCAUACACCUGAGCAAUCUCAGAACUUGUCCGAAUUGGAACCACACAUCAAUGGACCAUUUACUCCCGAUCUCGCAACUCCGCUCUCCAAGUUCGGCGCUCUCGUCAAGGAGCAAGGAUGGAAGGACGAACUGUCUGCCGGAUUGAUUGGCUCGUGCACAAACAGCUCCUACCAAGAUAUGACGAGCGUCGCUGAUCUCGCCCGACAAGCCAAAUCGGCGGGCUUGACGACCAAGGUUCCCUUCCUCUGCACGCCCGGUUCCGAACAGAUUCGAGCGACCAUGGAGCGCGAUCAGGUGACAUCGACGCUUGAGGACGUUGGGGCUGUUGUUCUCGCCAACGCCUGCGGACCUUGCAUCGGGCAGUGGAAACGCGACGACCGCAAAGAGGAGGAGAAUGCGAUCUUGACGAGCUUCAACCGGAACUUCAAGUCGCGCAAUGACGGCAACCGGCUCACGAUGAACUUCCUGGCCUCACCUACCAUUGUUACUGCUAUGGCCUUUUCAGGGAAACUGUCGUUCAACCCGAUGACGGAUUCGAUUUCGCUGCCGUCCGGCGAGGCGUUCCGUUUCUCGGCUCCGAAGGGUGACGAUCUGCCUUCGCAGGGCUUCACUCUGGGACGGGAGGCAUUCUAUCCUCAGGCGUCGCCCGAGCCCCAGCCGGAGACGGAGAUCAUCAUCAGCCCGACGUCGCAGCGGCUGGAGCUGCUCGAGCCGUUCAAGACCCACUUUGAAGCGGGGAACACGGAGCUUCUGCCGAUGAAAGUGCUGAUGCGGGUGCGAGGGAAAUGCACCACAGAUCACAUCUCCGCUGCUGGCCCGUGGCUAAAAUACAAGGGACAUCUGACCAACAUCUCUGAGAAUCUGUUGAUCACCGCUGUCAACGACGAGGGCGGAGAUGUGAAUGUGGCCUUCGAUCACGAUGCAGGCGCGGGCGUCUCCAGCACGGAUACGAUCCCGGGCGUCGCCAAACGCUUCAAGGCGCGGGCCCAGCCGUGGGCACUGAUCGUGGAUGACAACUACGGCGAGGGCAGUGCGCGUGAACAUGCGGCGCUGCAACCCCGGUUCUACGGAUGCAAUCUGAUUGUCGCCCGUUCGUUCGCUCGGAUCCACGAGACCAAUCUCAAGAAACAAGGCGUGCUGCCGCUGUGGUUCAAGGACAAGGCAGACUACUCUCGGAUCGGCUCGGGGGAUGUGAUUGAGACGGUGGGCCUUCCUGAGUUGCUCAAGGGGACCCCUGGGGCGCAGAUCACGCUCAAAGUGACGACACGGGACGGCCAGAGCUUUGAGAUUGAGACGAAGCACACGAUGUCCGCCGACCAGUGCAAGUGGUUCGCGGCUGGCUCAGCGCUGAAUUACAUCAGGUCGCAGAUGAACUGAAGUAAUAUAGCCCCGCUAGACAAAAAAGUAUAUUCUAGUCUGUACGUCUAAUCAAGUGGAUGGCGAGAGCAAAGCCAGGCCCAAUGAUCUCAGUUCGGACGGAUCCGAUGCAUUCCGGGUCGACCUGUCGUGCAAACUGGCCAGACACUUUUGAGCGACGGCAAUGGCCGGUUGAGGCAUGCCAGCGAGCUGAGCUACUUUGAUCCCGUGACUGUUGCGGUUCACGCCAGGCUGCAGGCGAUACGAGUACGCGAAAUGGUCAUCCU